UAAACUGUUUAGUUGUCAUGAAGUCACGUGAAUGUCUAAGCCUCUCUCUCCUUAGACAAAAAAAAAAGCUCUUCUUUUAAGAUCAACUCCUUAAACCAAUAUCUCCCUCUUGAUCAAUCUAUCUCAUUCUUCUAUUGAUCACUUUUCCCAUGACUCCACCUGAUCACAUAACUCCUAAUUUCCCUUUUGGCCUCAAUAAUAGUAACAACAAUUCUCUUGUUACCCCUAAUUAUCACUUUUUCUUCAACUCAACUACCAAUCAAACCGCAAGUUUUCAUCAUCAACAUACUCAAUACUAUAUGCAACAUGAGCAACUUGAGGUGGAUAACGAUGGAGGAUCAUCAUAUGAUUUGGGGAAGAAAAACGAAGUAGGAAGUGGCCUCAAGUUGAGCUUGUGGAAGAGAGAAGACAAGUUAUUGUCUUCAGAGAUAAAAAAGUUGGAUCAAGAAAAAAAGAAAAACAGCACCAACAGUGCUUGCAUCAAAUUGAAGUUGGGAGAUCAAAAGCAAAAACCUAUACAAACUGAUUACUGCUCCAACAAUAUACCUAUUAGGGUUUGUACUGAUUGUAACACUACUAAGACCCCUCUUUGGAGAAGUGGUCCUAAAGGACCUAAGUCACUGUGUAACGCAUGUGGAAUCCGACAAAGGAAAGCAAGACGAGCAAUGGCAGCAGCAGCAGCUGAAGGGAAAACUGAUCAAAAGGUACAACAACACAAGCAAAAUAUAACAACAAAAGUUACAAGUAACAAUGACGUUAAACCCUUAAAGAAAAGGUGCAAAUUUGGUCCUUCUUCAUCUAGUACUAAUAAUGCACCAAAGAAACUUGGUUUUGAGGACUUCUUGAUAAACUUGAGCAACAAGUUGGCUUUCCAACAAAUUUUUCCACAAGAUGAGAUGGAAGCAGCAAUCCUUCUAAUGGCACUCUCAAGUGGCCUUGUUCAUGGUUAAUUAAUUAGUUGAGUGAGAGUUUGUGUUUGAGAUUAUAAUUGCUAGGUAGAUUAAUAAUACUUAUUAAUUAAAUGAGUGUUAGCAAGAAUGAGAGUAAGUUGAGUCACGAAAUUAUUUAUUAAUAAGAAAUAUUAGGAUUAAUAAAUUAGAUAGUAUGCUUUUGUGUUGUGAUGAUCGUUUGUAAGAACAUAAUUUAACGUUAUGAAUUGGCCAUCUUCACUCAUGUGUGAGUAUACUAAUAA